ACAGUCAUACUUGAUAUGCCUAACAUCACUGUGAAACGUUGUACUGUUCUGAAUCCUGCCUCUCUUCUCCCUACAGAGGACGAUGGAGAGCCACAUGACUGUGUUGCUCUCACUAACGAUUUUUGUUCCCCCAGGGCAGACUUAAAGAGCGACCCUUUGGAAAAUCCAGACAUGAUCCUCUAUGUGGAUGGUUCAGCCUCCAGAGACCCAGAGACGGGAAAGAACAAAGUAGGUUUUGCCGUAGUCUCAGAUCACGAGGUCCUCAAGGCAUCACGUCUGCCCUCGAACCUGUCGGCGCAGGCUGCAGAGCUCUGUGCCCUCAUUGAGGCAUGCAAAUUGGCGGCAGGGCAAUCUGUCAAUAUUUUUACGGACAGUAGGUAUGCAUUUGGCGUUGUGCACGAUUUUGGCACCAUUUGGAAACAUAGAAAUUUUCUCACUAGCACAGGAUCUCCCAUUGCACAUCAUAAAUUGGUCUCUGAGUUGUUGGAUGCUGUUCUACUCCCUAGAGCUAUUGCUGUGUGUAAGUGUGCUGCCCAUACUAACAAUACUGAUCUUGUGUCUCAAGGGAAUGCCAGGGCGGACGCGGCAGCUAAGUGUGCAGCCUCGGCUUCCAGUUCACCCUCUAACCUUGCCUUUCCUCAGGUUUCUACCCCUUGUUUACAGCUAGCGGACCUUCAGAGCACUGCCACCCAGGACGAGAGACGAGUCUGGAAACAGGCAGGCUGUAUCCUUGCAAACUCGGUCUGGGUUUGUCCCUCGGGCCGUCCCUGUCUACCAAAAUACAUG